AUGGACGACUUACCUCCCACCGCUGAGGGCGGGCUGGGCGUGCCGCUGCGGCUGCUGCUGCUGCUGUUUCUGCGGUGUAUGGACGACAUCGAGGAGUACCAGCAGAAGAACCAGGCCCGCGACGACUUCAACGAGGACCUGGGGUUUCAGGCGGCGCUUCAGAAGUAUACUGGUACCCGCCUGUGGGGGCGGAUGCUCUUAUUGGGCGUGAUCUUCGUCGUCUGCGCGAUAUGGAUCAUUGGCCUUCUCGUCUACGGCGGCGAGCGCCCAGACCCCGUCGAGACUCAGAAAUGGCGAAACGGCACCUACCUGGGCGAGCUCAUGCCGUUUGACCUCGACCGGCGCAACGUGACCAUGGACACCGUGCGCCAGGGCCACUACUACUCGUUCUCGAAACUGCUCCAGUGGCUUGACGACGCGGCGUUCCCGGAGGCUAACCGCACCGAUAACGACGCCUGGGCCCUCUCGAUUGAAUACCUUUUGAUCGACGACCAGCCGACGACGGUCCACCGCGUCGUCAACUACGACACGAUGGAAGCCGUGCUCGAGUUCCCCCGCCAGAUCGAGUACCGCAACAACUUCUUCUACCCUAGCCUGGUGUACGUGAACCCGGGCAAACCCGUGGACAGCGGCACCUGGCACAUGCUUGCCACCGACGUCAUUGGCCAGUGGCGGCUGUCGCUGUUGGCGCUCUACUUCAUGUGGAACUCGGAAACCGGCGAGAUCGUGUGCUUGCAGCCGCCGCAGAUCAGCGACGACUCGAAGCUUGAGAAGCUCCACUGGGCCUACUUCUCCCCCGACGGCGAACACGUGCUUUUCUCGUUCAACCACGACUUGUAUUUGUGGAAGCUCGCCGACCAGACCACCGAGCGGCUUACCGACGACGGCCUGGAGAGCGUGUUCCACGGGCGCACCGACUGGGUAUACGAGGAAGAGGUAACGCUGUCGGACAACAUGGUGUGGUGGGCGCCGGACGCGCUGCGGUUUGCCUUUGUCACCCUCGACGACUCCCAAGUGGACGACUACGAUAUCGACUACUACGUCAGGGACCCCACCAAGCUGGCGCCGCAGGAUACGCCGUUCCGCCAGUACCCGAUGACCACGCGCUUUAAAUACCCUAAACCAGGGAGACCUAACCCUAUUCCUACUUUCAGAGUGUACGAUGUUAAGACCAAGCAGAUUACUGAUUUGGACGUCGAUACCUCCAAGAUUGGCCGGGACUACGUCGUCUACCACGGCGACUGGUUGGACAGCAACAACUUCCUCGUCAAGCUCACUGACCGCACCCUGAGACUUUUGUGUCGCGGUUUGUGGCAGCCACAAGUGGGUACGCAAAUCCGCAGUCUCACCACCACCAACGUCACCGAGGACUUCCACGGGUGGGUGGAAAAGACUCAAGCGGUAGCGGUGAUCCCUAAAGAUGACGGCCUGGCUCCUGGCUACGUCGAUAAGGUGGUCAACACCGAGACGAUGCGUACGCACUUGGCGUACUUUGAUACCCCUGACGCCACCGAGUACCGCUUUAUUACUGGCCUGGACGCCUGGCACAUCACCCAGAAGACUGAGUUGGUGUAUAGCCCUAGAGCCAAACGUGUGUUUGCUCUUGCCACCGUCUACUCGACAAUGGACACGACAUUGCUUGCUGUUAACCCUCACGGCGACAACGACAUCCAGUUCUACACCGACCCUAACAAGCCAGGGGUGCACUACUUUGCGGCGCUGCCUCGCGGAGACCACCUUGAUGUACGCUACUUGGGGCCUAAUUUGCUUCCGUGGCAGAAAAUCCUCAGUGUUGAUCGGGUGGAGAACAUCAUGGAGGGCCAGAAAGUACCUGCUUUCAAAGCAGUGAGUGACGGGUUCAUCAAUUCUCAAGUCACCCAGGCGAUGGAGCAGGCGUUGACCAACACCAACUUCCCCUCGCGCCGGUUCCACCAGGUGGUCGUCGACCACUACGACGACGGCACUCCCAUCAUGGUGAACAUGGUCGAGAUCUUGCCUCCCGGGUUCGACCCGUUGAAAAAGUACCCGGUGCUUGUCGACGUCUACGGCGGGCCUGGCCUUCAAAAGGUCGACAGACUGCUGAUGGUCGAGUUCCGCAUGGCGUUCUCGGCGAUGCUCAACUGUAUCGUGCUUGCCAUUGAUCCUCGAGGCACUGGCGGCCAGGACUGGCGGUUUAUGAGUGCUGCCACCAACCGUAUCGGCUACUGGGAACCACGCGACCUCGUCACCGUCACCCAGGAGUACAUCCACAACAACACGUUUGCUCUUGCCAACCGCACCGCGGUGUGGGGGUGGCUGUACGGUGGGUUCUCCACCCUCCGCACGUUGGAGUUCGACAAGGGAGAAACCUUUAAAUACGGGGUGGCGGUGGCGCCCGUGACCAACUGGAUGUUCUACGACCUGAUCUACACCGAGCGGUUCAUGAUGCAACCGCAAGAUAACCCCAACUACGAGUACUACUCCCAGAUCCGCAACACCGACAACUUGAGCCAGGUGCUGCGGUUCUUGGUGAUGCACGGCACCGCCGAUGACAACGUCCACUUCCAGAACCUGAUGUGGUUGCUCAACCGGUUUGACGAAGGGAAGUUGGAGAACUACGACGUCCACUUCUUUCCCGACAGCGACCACCUGAUCCGCUACGACGGCGCCGACAAGAUCGUGUACGACAAGAUCGUCCACUGGUUGGGCGACGCCUUCCGGGGCAAGUUCGACGGCAAUUUCGAUCGGUUUUAG